AUGGGUUGGAAGAGUUAUCUGCCUGGAACAAAAGAGUUCGAGGAUAACCAUUCUGCAGAAAGCUCUGCGAUAGACAAUGUGUCUAAAACCAGCUUCGGACUGACAACUCCUGGAGGGGAGGAAAAAAACCCAACGCUGACAGAAAAGGACCCUCAUAUAAGUUCUUCCGAUAGUCCAAAUGAUGAAGAAGGUUAUCAUAAAUUUGUCGGAGGUAAGGAACAGGAACAGACGUCCAUUAAGAAAGCAGGAGAGGAAGACCCGUUUGAGGGCAGUUCUUUCAACGAUUCUAGUUCCAGUAUUGCUGCAGCUGAUGUUCUCGAUAUUACUAGGGCUGAUAUCCAUCAUAUUGUAGAUUUUAAAGAGACGGAAGAUUACCCACCUGCGAAUACCUUAAGAAUGUGGUUAAUGGGAAUUAUCCUUUCGAUGGUUAUUGGUGCUAUCGAUACUUUCUUCGCAUUCAGAUUUCCAUCUAUUGCCAUUAGUCCUAUUGUAGGUCAAUUAAUUUCGUAUCCAUUUGGUAUCCUAUGGUACCGUAUAAUGCCCAAUUGGAAGUUUUCUAUUGGUAGCAGAUAUACUUUUGAACUAAAUCCAGGUAAAUUUUCACCACAAGAGCAAGCUCUAGUGUAUCUGUUCUGUAACACUGUUUACGGAACAGGUGUUUUAAAAAAUACCCAAGUCGAACAGACCAGGUUUUUCAAUGUGGAUGUCGGCAUUGGCAGAUUCAUCUUAUUCAACAUUGUUGGUUACCUACUAGCAUGGGGUAUGGCAGGUUUAGCCAUUCCAAUACUAGUGGAUCGUGAGGAACUAAUCUGGCCAUCUGUAUUGGGUCCUUCUGCUUUAAUUAAUGCAUUCCAUUCAGAUACUAAAGGUAAAUUUUCCGAUUUAAAAAAACCCAAAUUCAGCUUUUUCAUGAUAGCGUUUGCAGGAAGUUUUGUCUGGUACUGGUUUUCGGACCUUAUCCUUCCUUUUAUCGCCAAUUUAGGAGCAUUCCCAUCUUGGAUUAGACCAAAGAAUAAAGUUUUGGGACAAGUCUUUGGUGUCAAAAAUGGGCUAGGAUUGUUACCAAUUUCUUUUGAUUGGCCAACGGUUUCUAACAUUAGUAACCCAUUAACUACGCCAGUCUGGGCUGGUGUCAUGAUCUUUGCCAGCUUCUUCUUUUGGGCAUGGGUAGUAAUACCAGGUCUCUACUAUCAAGACCACUGGCAAACCGCUCACAUGCCAUUAAUGUCUAACAAAAUUUUUGAUAAAAAUGGUGAAAGUUAUCAGGUCAAAAAAGUCGUCAACAAAAAAUGGGAGCUUGAUUUCGAGAAAUAUAAGAAAUACUCUCCAGUUUACUUACCAAUUGGAUUUUUAAUUCAAUUAGCAUUAGGUCUUGGUGGAUUUAGUUCUGUGAUGACCUUUUUCUUCUGGAAAUUUAAAUCUGAUGUUUGGGAUCCAUUCAUGCAACAUUCAACAAAGAAAACUGCCCACUAUAAGCCAGCGUACACCAAACCAUUUGUCGCAGCUUACAUCGCAUCCAUGGUACUGGGUUUGGGUCUUGGGUUUGUUUUCGUUGAAGCUUGGGACAGAGAUACUCAGAUCGAUUCUGGUGGAUUUGUGGUCUCAAUUAUUAUCGGUAUCGUUCUCUUUUUGCCCGUUGCCCUUGUGGAAUCUAGAUCAUCAUUUCUUUUAAACAUGAAUGGUAUCCUUAACGUGAUUGGAGCCUUUUGGUACAAGGGUAAGCCAAUGGCAACGUUGUAUUUUUUGAAUUUCGGUUUUUCCCUUUUCCAACAUGGGAUGCAUUUCACUCAAGGUGCUAAGUUGGGUUAUUAUAUGAAAACACCUCCUAGAUUAACAAUCCUUGUCCUGUUAGUUUCAGGAAUUUGGACAUCAUUAAUCAUUCCAAGUGUUACCGGUUACGUAUUGUACCAUGUGGGCAAUGUUUGUACACCUAAUGCGCAUAACAACAUGACCUGCAAGAGUCAACAAACUGCUUUCAACACUCAAAUCGUUUGGGGGUUAUUUGGAUCCCAUCUUUUCAGCAAUGGCGGGCGUUACCAAUUUAUCAUGUAUUUUUUCCUAGUUGGUGCUGGUGUCUCUCUAAUUGUUAUUCUUAUGCAAUGGAGGAGACCAAAUUCUCGCUUUUGGUCAAAGGUUAGUCCUACGUUGUUGUUAUCAGGUGCUGAAGACAUGCCAACAUCUACCGGUCUUCAUUACGGUACCUGGUUCUUUUUGGUUCUUGUUUUCAACGGAUUUAUUCACAAAAAACGUCCUCAUUGGUGGAGAAAAUAUAAUUUAAUUCUCGCUACUGCUCUUGACUGUGGUGUUGCCAUUGCAGCUAUUAUUGUCUAUUUUGCUGUCUCAUACACGGGCGGUAGUUCGCAUUACAAAUGGUGGGCAACGGAAGUAACAUCCUCAAGUUGUGACAGUAAGGGAUGUCCAUAUAAGUCCAGUAAGACUAUAAAACAACCACAUGGACUGUGGUGA